ACCUGGGCGAGUCUAGCAACUAUGAACUUGGGUUCACAGCAAACAAGGUGGUGUUGGAGAUCGACGGCGCUGAGGCCGAUCUCACCAUCAUCGACCUGCCCGGCAUCAUCCACGACCACCCCAAGGGCCGGCACUACGUGGAGAUCGUGGAGCGCAUGACCAAGCAGAACCUCAGUCCCGAGCACCACAUCAUUGCCAUGGCGCUGCCGGCGGCUGCGGAUGCGGAGACACAGGCUAUCCGGUUGUGGGCGCGCGAGGUGGACCCCCAGGGCGACCGCAGCAUCGGCAUCAUCACCAAACCCGACAUGAUUGGGGAGGGCGCGCACAUCACACAUGGAAAGCUAGUCAGGCUGGUGGCCGGCAAGGG